AUGGCUGCAAAUGCCGACAUGGAUUGGCAAGCAACUACCAACCUUGGCGCAAUAACCGAGCCGUCAGCUCCUAGCACGACUGGGAUUGGUGGCUUCCUCUCUAGCCUCUGUGGCUUCGUUAGAAAGCCCGUAUAUGCUAUCGUUCGCGCGUUUCAACGCGAGAAGAAAGCUGCCAAUGCGCGUAACAAUAUUCGACGAAGAGUUCCAAUUCCUCCCAUACCUACUCGGGAACGUGUUCUACAAGGCGAUGGAGACAUAAUCAGACCAACUGUUGAGCGAAAGAGAAAAGCCUCUGAGGAGGUUGGAGAUAUCGAAGGAGGGGACAUUGACUCGAUGAAGCCAUCAAAGAGACGUCUUAGAGAACUUGACACCAAUUUUAACGACUAUAGCCCGUGGAAAACAGAGCUAUGGGUACAAGAAACUAUCAAAGAGACCGCGCUUCUACCUGACUCGUCUGUGUCCCAAGAAGAACACAAAACUAAAUAUAUAGCCCACGCUGGAAGAAAUCGAUCCAGCAUUUCACCACUACGCGCCGAUACGAAGAAAUAUCCAUCCUAUCACUUCUCACCUUACAAGCGAACACCUCGACCCGUUCUGCCUAAGGUAGUCACCCUCAGUCGUGCGCAGAACGGCCUUCGAGAGUUUCUUUGGGCUGCAGACGAGGAAGAUGAAAAGGAUACCAUGGAUGAAGAGACUCCAAAACAGGACAACACUGCACAAUCGCAGGCUGGACCUGUCAAAGCAGAGGCAGUUGGUGCUAAGAGCAUGCCAGCUAAUCUUGCCAGACCUGCUCCUAUACAGCAGAAGAUGCCUAGCCCAUCAACCACAAAUGACGAGAAGAGCACUGAGGCCUCGUCCAGUCUCUUCGACGAAGAGGAAGAUGCCGAGUACAGAGCAUACCUACGAAGAGACCAUCUUUCAUUUGACGCAGAUGGCUACAAGCUGCCUAUUGAUGGAUGGAUUAGCCCUCAAACCAAAAAAUGGAAUGAAGAGCACCAACAGAGAUUGGCGUCUCAAGCUGCUAUCGAGCAGCAGACUCCCUCACGACCACCCCGAGAGUUUUCUCCCGACACGUCACCAGACCCGCUACAAGAAGUUACGCUUAAAGUAAAGAUUGAAAAGACUGAAAAGACAAUAUACACCUCUCCAUUCGUAGAGGAUGUUCCACAAGAAGAGGAGAAGGGAAGAAGUGCUUCUCCAGUUGUAGAGAUAAAGCCGGAAAUUGCUCCACAGAUGGAAAGUCCAGCAGCAGAAGAUGUUUCAGCUGUCAAAGAAGAACAACCGGAGGCUAUAGUUGAGGAGGAUGCCUCUGUUCCUACAGACAUCCUAGAAACACCAGCCAAGCAGCUUCAGAAUUUGAAGAUCUCAGAGGAUACUACUGCUAAAGAGUAUAGAACACCAAAAGCAGGCAUCUUCGGAACCGUUAGAACCGACCGCAAGACACGUCGCCAGGUCCUUAUCGAGGAACGCGAGCUCGAAAAGGCUCGUGGCGAGUACAAACUCGUUCCAUUGAGUGCAGAAUGGGACAGGAAAGUACGAAACGCAGUCAAAAAUGGUCACGCUCGCUGGGAGGCUACUGACUUUGCUCGAGUCGUCCCACAAUAUUCUGGUUUCGGCCACCAAUCAAAGUGGCUUAAUGAUGCAGUGAUUAACGACUAUAUUGCCAUGGUCGCACAACACGGAUGCAGAGAUGAUCGAUCAACACAAGUUCCUACUGUCGCCGCUCUCAGUAGCUACUUCUUUGCAAAGAUGUCCGAUCCUGCAAAUGCUCCAAAACGAUGGACCAGGAAGAUCGCAGGCAAGAGCCUGCUAGAGUGCGAGCUCAUCCUUCUCCCUAUCAACUCAGGAUCUCACUGGACACUUUGCACCAUUGAGCCUAAAAAAUGCAAAGUCACAAUGUAUAACAGCAUGGGACAUGGCAGUAAUGCUAGUCAUGCACGAACGAUUCUUGGUUACCUUAAAUUCCACCUCGGUAACGCCUUCGAAGAGGGCAAAUGGACAGUUAACGACAAGGGUGUUAGUCCACAACAAACCAACAGCGAUGAUUGUGGCGUGUUCGCCUGCACAACAGCACGACAGAUCAUGCUUGGCCAGAUGGACAAGACACCUUAUACCCACGAAAUAAUGCCAAUAGCAAGAAAGAGACUGGUUGCGGAGUUGGUCAAUGGCGGUCUAAUCAAGGCCGAUGAAUCUUGA